AUGGCACCCACGACGCCUUCGUCCAAAAAUAAGUACUCGCGACAAACUCUCCACAUCACCGUUGGACGCAGCAGAGACUCUUUCCAUGUGCACUAUGCCCAGCUGGAAUCCACGGCGUUCUUCGAGGUCCAUCGCCCUACCAAUAAUGACACCAACGACGAAGAAGGGGAAUCUCAAGCAUCCUCCAGCCGUCAUGACAUGGAGAGGACACUGAGCCCCGACAACAUCAAGGUCGAAGAAGGUGAAAGCGCACCAGCUGCAGAAACUGCCGUAACCACCCCACAGACAUCGCCUUCCAAGCCGGCCUACCACCUGGAGGGGUAUGUCUAUGAACCGCGAGCGUUCGAAGUUAUUGUGAACUAUCUCUACAACAUUGCUCCAGUUCCGCCAAAACUCCGAGCUGAGUGCAAAACCCUACUGCGUGCAUACGUUCUCGCGUUGCAGUAUCGCAUUGUCGGCUUGCAGGACGCCCUCAUCAACUGCCUUCGAGAGUACCAUAAAGAGUUUAAUGUGAAUUUCGAAGAUCUCAUCUGGCUUGUCAAUCGACUCACAGAAUCUCCUGAGAAGCAUACCGUUCCCAUGAUGCAGUACUUGAUCGACCAGAUCGCUUUUGAGAUCAGUACCCAGGGCUUCACUGAGUUUUCCCGAAUCAACGUCAUGUUCGAACCCUUCUUGGCCGACGGCACACGUCCAAUUCGCGUCGUGCUAUUCAAAGCUCUCGCAGAUGUGGCUCAGGCCGAUCCUCGACGAGAUCCAGCUGACGGCCCAAAUCGCUGGAGAGUUCAGGACUGGAGCAUUGAUCGUACUCCUGCCCAGAGCCCCAUGGACAUCAUCCCCAUUGAUGAGGACUGA